AUGGAGGCACCCCCAGAUGUCGUGCCUUCUGUUGAGGCACCGCUCGUCAUGCCGGAUGACUCCACUACCAAACCGGCUUUAACGCCGCCCACGAGCGAAGACAACGACAAGCGAUUUGAGAGGAUGUCGUCCGAACUCUCCGAACUUGACAGCGAUGACGGGGAAGAUAUCGAACCCGAUCAUUACUUUGAAGGGGGGAAAAUACCAGUGUUCAAGCCGACCAUGGACCAGUUCCGCAACUUCAAGCGCUUCAUCGAUAAAAUUGACAAACAUGGAAUGAAGUCCGGUAUCGUUAAAGUUAUUCCACCAGCAGAAUGGCGCGAAUCCCUUCCCGAUCUCACCGAAGCCGUCAAGAGUAUUAAAGUCAAGAACCCGAUUACGCAAGAGUUCGCUGGACAGCACGGCAUAUACACGCAAGCCAACAUUGAGAAACAACGGUCGUACAAUCUGCCGGAAUGGAGAGCGGUAACGGAUGAGCCACAUCACCAGCCUCCGGCCAAGAGAGGUGAACGUCGGAAAGCUGCUGCGGAAGCCCCAUCUCGUACCCGUUCGUCUCGCGCGGCGCCCGCAAAUCGUGAUGCCUCGCCUGCUCCUAAGCGCGGACCCGGUCGACCAUCGCGCAAACGCCAGGUGAAGAAGGAGCCAGUCGAGGAUGAGGACGAGGACGAAGAGGAGUUUGAAGUUCCUCCCACACCCACGUCGCCCGGAAAGGAAGAGAAGAAAAUGCCUGCGAGGAGGAUCAAGAAGGAAGCGCGCGAUACACCACCUGCUAGGGCGCGCGGUCGGCAAGCUAAGACAGCUGACGAGAAGAAGUCUGUGUCUUCUCGACGCCUGAACAACCGUGGCGCAGUGGCCGACUACAUCGACGAGGCUGCCUUUGAGGACUUUGAUUACCACCUGCCUGGCCUGGAGGAGUACACUGUCGAACGAUGCAAAGAACUAGAGGACAAUUACUGGAAGACGAUCAACUAUGGUUCGCCCAUGUACGGAGCUGAUAUGCCUGGCUCGUUGUUUAACGACUCGACCACCUCUUGGAACGUUGCAAAGCUGCCCAACCUUUUGGACGUCCUUGGAACCAAAGUGCCCGGUGUUAACACAGCCUACCUUUAUCUAGGUAUGUGGAAAGCCACUUUCGCCUGGCAUCUGGAAGAUGUGGAUCUCUACAGUAUCAACUACAUACACUUUGGUGCUCCUAAGCAGUGGUAUAGCAUAUCCCAAGAGGAUGCUCGACGCUUCGAAGCCGCCAUGAAGACCAUCUGGCCGAAUGACGCGAAACAUUGCUCGCAAUUCCUUCGUCACAAGACCUACCUGAUCUCUCCCCAGCGCUUGGAGAGGGACUUCAAUAUCAAGGUCAACCGUCUGGUACAUUACGAGGGUGAAUUCGUCAUUACGUAUCCUUACGGUUACCAUUCGGGUUACAACAUCGGCUACAACUGCGCAGAGUCGGUCAACUUCGCGAACGAGUCAUGGCUGAGCUAUGGACGAAUCGCGAAGAAGUGCAUGUGCGAAUCUGACAGCGUAUGGGUUGACGUAAACGAAAUCGAACGCAAACUCAGAGGCGAGCCAACACCAGAGUACUACGAAGAGACUGACGACGAAGAAGACGACGACGACGGUGCGGAUCGUUUACCCAGCCCUCCAGCCAGUGUUGCUGGCAAGACCAAAGCAAAGCCAGGACGCAAGUCAGCCGGCAGCAAAAGAAAGCGUGGUAAGGAGGACCCCAAGGAGACAUCGAGACCCAAGAAGCUCAAGCGCAUUCGCAUCCGCAUCAGGAUUCCAGGUCGGGGUAUGCCUUGCAUUCUCUGUCCUAACGAUGUCGAGUUCGAUGACCUGCUGCCGACAGACACAGGCAUGCAGGCUCACCGAAUCUGCGCGGACUACACGCCUGAAACCUACAUUGUCAACAAAGGCGAUGUGGAAACUGUGUGCAAUGUGGCCAAUAUUGGCAAGGAUCGCUUGGAACUGAAGUGCAACUACUGCCGGUCCAAGCGCGGCGCUGUCUUCCAAUGUUCGCAAAAGAAAUGUACCAGGGCUUUCCAUGCUACUUGUGCAGUAGCAGCUGGUGUCCAGGUCGACCUUGGUCCCAUGCCCACUUUUGAUGAAGAGGGUACGGAAUACUUUUACGAUGGCUACGACUUCCGAUGCCGCUUCCACCGACCGAAAAAGCGGAACAACAAGACCGUCGAUGUGGAUGCACUGGAGAAGGACAAGUUUGUCUUGGCCUAUGGAAAAACGCUGAAACCCAAGGAUGUCAUCCAGUUCCAGUAUGUGGGCGGUGAGAUGUACCAAAUUUACGGUGCACAGGUUGUGGAGAACAGACCCGGCGAACAAGCUGUACUGGUGGAUGUAUUACCUGACGGUGAUCGCGUCGAAGUUGAAUGGAAGUACAUACUCAAGCUUCACCCCGACGAAUCGCAGCGGCCGAAACCAUCUGCAAACGCCAAGCCGCUUCCUGAACAUCUCAAGGAGAGUGAUGCAUCUCUUGACAUCGCAAACCGCACUGAUGGUGUACCUGAGAUGGGCGACCCUUUCCACGACCCUAACUCUGAACACAAGUGGGCCGAAUGGCACACUGCUCCUGAAGUUACUCGGAAGCUGGCAAAGGUCGACCUGAGCAAGGAGGACCGCCUUUGGUACUACCUCGGGAAGCCUUCUACUGAGGCUAGACCACAGUAUACUGAGAAUCCUGCGAAGCCAAGGAACAACCCUAAGAGCAACUUCCUCGAUACCGUGAAGCCACCCCCACCCCCAGUACCAGCCUUCCACCGGACUUCGUACCCUGCCUCAUACCCGAUUAAGCCUGCUCCAAUCGCGGUGCCUCCUCGUACGCCGAUGCAAUAUACAACGCAAGAUGGCCGACCGUACACCUACAAGCCGAAAGAGUCAGCGUCGGGGGCCUGGAGAUCGCCGGUAUACAACCCUGACACUCGCAAGAAUCCUAAUUCGCCGGUAGCACAUCAGCCCAACGUUAGCUACGAUCACCGCAUGCCACAAGGUCAGUACGGACCACAGUCAUACCAAGGCUACCACUCCCAUCGACCGCCGCAAUCUUCGCAGCAGCAAGCUCAGUAUCAACCAUAUAUACCGCCACCAAACGGCUCUACUCCCUCAUGGAAAGCGCAGCCGACGACAUCUGGGCCCUUGCUCAACGGCAUCGACAAGUACGCGCAGCCAGCAUCGCAAAGCAACGCCCUGCCACCAUACCCGUACUCUAACAGCCCUCGUGGCCAGCUACCGCCCUCGCCAUACUCGCCGGUCGUGGGACAGAAUGCUACUCAGUUGUAUGGCCAGCCAAGCGGUCAGACCCAGGCGUCGCCGCAUGGUCGCUCCUCGAUCUCCAGCAUGCCGAGCAACCCUACUGGGACUCCCAAACCUCCAAUGUACGCCGUCACACCCUCCUCUAACAUUAUUUACGCUGCCCAAUCCCCCACUGAGUACUUGAAUUACGUCAUUAACUUCCCCUACCUCCGAAACUGUUAUCUGCGAAGGACAAAAACUUACAUAUCACCCUAUAGUCUGGACGGUGGGAUCACACCCGAAUGGAUGCCAAAGCCACAUAUGUCGAGGGGUGGCGGUACACCUACUUCCAUUGCACCAAGGCCUAUUGCAUCCCAUGGAGCUGCGCCUUCUUCCGUAUACGGUGGACCGCCGCCAACGGGCCUCCCUGCACCAAGGCCAUCAGCACAGUUUCAGUCUCCGGACGCUUUCCAGCGCGAGAUGAACAGGACGACUUCAACCCCCGAAGCACCAAAGUGGGAGCAGAUGCUUAAGCAGCUCGCUACGUCAACAGGUCCCACAACCACCCCUUCUAUGACUGCGCGCUCGCCACAGGCACCGCAACCACGCUACCCGCCCACGGGCUCCCGGUCUAGCAUGUCGAACGACUUACCCAGGAGUAUGCAGGUGUCGCCGGCUCAAGCUUCGCCUCUACCGCCACCACGUGAGCCACAGCGACCGACACCUAGCCCCAUCAGCGAUGAUGGCAAAAGUGGUCUUGUAGCUGUACCGAGAGAAGAGAAACCUGUUCUGCCUCCUCUGCAGCCUGCAUCGGCGUCGAACGUGCAUGGGGCGGAGACGUGGAGGUACUCCUCUUAG